AUGAAUUACAUUUAUCAUAUCAAAAGUCCAAUAUCUUUGAUAUGUAUAGCUCCUCACAAGUGCUAAAGAAAACUUUGUGUUGAAUGUAUGUAUGACCAUGGAGUGGAUACCAAACAAACAGUUCCCAUUAAUAAAUUUCAGGAUAAGGCUAUGAAGAAAUUAAAAGACUCCAAGCCUGGAGAUACAUCUAAGUUAAAUGAAUAGAGAAUGAUCUUUAAAGUCUUGCUUACUCAAAUCGACUAAAUGUUGAAGAAAAUUUUGGAGGAGUUGUCACAAUCAAUCAAAUAAGUAUAUGAUUAGAUCGAAAAGGAAAACUAAUCAUACUUAAACCUCAUCAACGAAAAUACAAAUCUUGCUGAAUCCUCCUACACUGAUAUAGAAAAAUUAGUCAACAUUGUAGAUGGACCAACAUUAUAUAAUUGGAAUGUUGAGAAGAAUUCUUAUUUGAUAGAUUUAAAUAAGUAGAAGAGUUUGGUGGGAUCAGCAUAUUAAGACUUUUAUAGAAAAGUCAGACGAAGGGAUCUUAUAGAUUCAAUAAUUGAUUAAGUAAGUAUUUAAGUCAUAUCUAAAGGGAAGAAGAAGUUUAUUAAAUGA